GAUACACAAAGCCUCCGUCGUAGCUUCAGGACACAGAUAUCGAUACGGUGUGUCAUGGCUGCCAAAAUCGUCUUUUUCGCACUUGUUGCGUUUGUAGCAAUACAGGGUUUGAGUGCUUCUAGUCUACGACAACGUAGCAUUUGGGACGAUGUGAAGUCAAAACUGGAAAAUGCUGGAAAUGCAGUAAAGGAAGAAGCAGAUAAAAUUACGGAUGCUGUAAAGGCAGCAGCUGAUGCUGCUGAGAAUAAGGCAAAGGCUGCUUUUCAGGACGCUGUAGAUAAAAUUCAUAAUACUCUGAGCGACGCCAAGAACGCCGCUCAAGAAGCGUUGGAUAAAGUCCAUAGCGUAGCAAAAGAGAUAGCCGACAAAGCGAAAGAAGUCGUCGACAAAGCGAAGCAGGACCUUUCUAACCUGAAACAGGAAGCUGAAGAGAAGGUCUCUUCUUAUCUAGAGCAGCUAAAGAAUCUUGGGCAGGGAGCUCUAACGUGUGCCAACUCCAAUCAGGACAAAAUUAAGUCAGUCAUCAAUGCAACUGAACCCAAGGUGCAGAGUUGCGUCGCAGGUGUACAGGAGAAAGUCGUCCCCUUCGUUAAAGACGUGACUGAGACAGUCCAGAGAGUGGCAGACUUGGGCGCCAAAGCAGCAGAUGUCGCGUCCACUUGUGCGCCAGCUGGCGUUAGCUGGGUUACCGCGCUCGCCUGCUACGUCGCAGAAAUAGUCUCCGUAUCCGACGACGUAGCCAAAGACAUCUCCAUCAUCACCAAGGAUGUGCCAGAGAUCAUCCAGUUGGCACCUCAAGCAAAACAGGAAGUGGAAGCUUGCGCUGCCGAUGUAAAGACGACGGCGGCAGACGUUGAUCAACUUAUUAACGAAAUUUCUAAGUGCGUUAAAGACUACACCUCAUCGGCUGCAUAAGACGUAAGAAGACGGGAGUCGCUGGUGCUGAUGGCGGAGAAACACAGGAUGUUCUGAAUGUAAAAUUUUCGAAAUUGUACAGCACCAGAAAGAAAUGGUCUUUAUAAACAUGUCAUUCUUUACUAUCAUA